UUUCUGUUGGGAAAGCCGCGGGAAAGAGAAAAGGUGUGUAUGAAAAAAAGGAGAUUGUUGCUGUUUUCACAAGGACGACGCGUUCUUCCUCUCUCCUCCUCUAUAUUACAAUCUCAUUUCCUUUUCCCCAGAUCAUCAUCAUCAUCAUCAUCAUCAUCAUCAUCAUCAUUACCUGUCUCUGGUCGUACUAGAACCGAGAUCAUCUGUUCUAAUAUCGAUAAUGGAAACGGGAAAUAGAGGAAGACAACUGCCAAAGUUUGGGGAAUGGGACGCGAGUAGUCCAGGCGUUGUCCAAGGAUUCACCGUCAUUUUCAACAACGCUCGUGACGACAAGAAGACCAAGAAAACAGCUGUUGCAGGACCUGAGAGUCUGGUUACACCUCCGAUAAACAAUGAGUCUCAUCAGAAAAACAACAACCAUCAUAACCAUCAGAACAAAAACCAUCAUAAUAAACGUAAUUCCCAUAUCCCACGAGAAAAGAAGAAAUGGCUUUGCUUCCGGUAAAAUAUGGUUCGGGCUCUUUUUUGAAGAAAACACUGAUAAGGAAGCAGAACCGGUGACCGGAGUAGUUUUCAAUCUUUGUUCAUUAUAAGAUGUUGUUGCAAACUUCUUUCUUCUUCGUUGAGUUUCUCUAUUCAACUUUGCUUUGGCUACAUUUGUGUACAUAAAUUAAUAUACGUUGUUCUUGUUGCUUCUUGGUUUUAUUAUAUAAAAGAUUUGAGACAAUGCCCUUUGUAAGCAUGUCAUACUGCAUAAAAUACAUGAUUACUUAAGACUUACGGGCUUCAAAAACCAUUGCCAAGAGACGAAACAUUCACUAUCCUUGUUCAAAACUUAAACUUAUUGCAGUUUCAGCCGCUGCCAUUUGGAACA